CACUCAGAGCGCGAACAGCACAAAUCGAGUGUGUUACUCAAAGCGUGUGGUAGCAAUUUGAAAGCGGAAAGUAGCUAACUCAAAAUAAGUUGAAAUUCAAAAAAAAAAAACAAAAGUCAAGUAAAAAAAAUACUUUGGCUAAGCAGAGGUAAUAAAUCUCAGCGCCACUUAGAGAAAACCGAACAAAAAAAAAACUUGAAGUUCGAGUGUGUGUGUGCCAAUUAAACGCGCCACGCCGAGUCAUACGGAUUACGGGCGACAAAACGUAUGCGAUACAACAAUUGGAUUAUAUACACAAAAACAAAAUACAAUAACAAUAAAGUGAAUUUGCAGUGAUUGAAAAAAGCUGAUAACAAAAACUGUGCAAAAUUUCUGCAAAAAGCAAACAACAGAAAUAUUAAGCAAUAAACAAAGCAAGGUGAACAAUUGUGUAUUUCAAAACACAAAAACGAGAUAAAUAUAAAAUUUUAACAAAAAAAACAACAACACAUAAUUAACAAACAUAUGUGUGCACUCCUUGUGGAUAUUUAAAGCACACAAAAGACGCAAUUUUCAUAAAUACAAAAAAAAACAAAAACAAAUUCCUACCACUAAGGAAUUUUCGAUUUUUCUUCACUCAUCUCAACCUCGCACACGGCCGCCAACGACGACCGUCGCCAAACAAACCGCCAAAAUUCUACUCAAAGAACGCAAAACAGUCAUUUCAAAAAUGAAAUCCCUCACCGCCGUCUGUCAAACAGGUGCCUCCAUGCCGCCAAUGAAUCCGAACGGCCGCAUUGCGCGCCAUCCACCCGCACGCGGCGACGGCGAAAAUGCCGAAAUGAAAAUGUACCUCUCCAAAUUGAAGGAUCUCGUCCCAUUUAUGCCGAAAAAUCGCAAACUCUCCAAAUUGGAAAUCAUACAGCAUGUCAUCGAUUAUAUUUGCGAUCUGCAGACCGAGCUGGAGGCACAUCCCGAAAUUGGCAACUUUGAUGCGGCCAGCGCGCUAACAAUGGCCGCCGCCGCCGACAAUGAAGAUGAUUCCGCCAAUGACUUAAGUGCCAACAACAGCGAAGAAAAUGAACGGCUAGCCGAGCGACUGGCUAGUGGCGGUGGUGUCGUAGAUAGCUAUAGCGCGGCCGUAGCACAGCACUUACACCAGCAGAGUUCAUCAGCAACAUCAUCUAGUCCUGCAUUGCGACAGCCGUUAGCUGAUCGUCAAGCGCCCAAUACCAUCCUGCCCGGCACAAAUACGGCUGCUAUAGCAGCUGCAGCAGCAGCACAUACCACAAUGGCGAUGCAUAUGCAACAACAGCUGCAACUGCAACAGCAACAAUGGGAACAACAGAUGUUGCAACAACAGCAACAGCAACAGCAAUCGCAUCAGCAACAGCAGCAGCAACAGCAAUCGUCAUCCUCAACGCCGUCGCCACAGCAACAACAACAACAACAACAACAACAACAACAACAACAGCAAUUGCCGUCAACCGGCGAAACGGUGAGUUGUUGAUCAGGCGAAGUACUCGUAGUUUUAGCGGCAGAUAUGGCAGGCGAGUAAUGUUAAUUUUAAGUUUUUAGGCUAUAGGUUGUAUGUAUGUAUGUUAGGGUUCAAGAAACUGCAUAAAAAAAAACAUCCAUACAUAUUAGUUAAAAAAAAAAAAGAAAUGUGUGAGAAAAUCUGUAAUUUAUUUAUGUAGUUAAGCAGCUGUAUCCUAUAAUUUAAGCAGAAACCUUAAUGAAUAUAAUGCAUGUAAAAAAUGAAAUGCAAAAAGAAAAGCAAAUAUGAAAAAUUUCAUACAUGUAAAUUGUAAAAAAAAUAUUUUUGUUGUUAAAGACUGUUAUAGAUGUUUAAGUUGGUCGAAUAAAAUGAAAAUGAAUUGACUAAAAUUUUGAAAAAA